AUGUUUGAUAAGAAUGGUACCCUCUGUUUCCUCUUGGGUUUGGAACGUAGAGGUCUGAGCGACUUUGGAGGUUUCAGCGAGUACAAAGAGAAUAGAUAUCAGAAUGCUGCAAGAGAGUUUAGUGAAGAGACUCUUGGAAUACUUUGUUUGAGCAAAGAGUAUAGAGGCAACAAAGAAGGAGUACAAAAGAGCAUGGAGACAAUGACGAGGAUCUUAUCGGAUCAACAGUUGUAUAGUAAUAAUGUGGUGUGUCGGUUGAUCAACCCUGCCAAUAUGUAUCAUAUGUUUAUAGCACCAGUGGCACGAUAUGUACAGCCAGACGAGUUUAUUAUGGCGGCCAAAGAUAAUGAACAGAAAGACUUUGCACAGAGGGUGCGCUGUGUCGAGAAGCAUACCAUUGGUUGGGUGACGGCCGAGGCCUUGCUCAACUCUGUGCCAUCGUUCGAGGCAGUGGUCAAUUUCAAUGGAUGUGAAGAGAAUGUAUUCGGAACGUUCAGAAAGACAAUGUUGGACAAGCAGUUUGCAAUGUUCAUCCGUACACUACAAUCAAUGGAUCCUAAUCUAAUAACACAACAAGCUAAAGUGAUGUGGCUUGAUUCAUAG